AUGCGUCUUCUGCAUCUCCUUAGUCCCCUUUCUACUCCUCCACCUCCUCCUCCUAAACCUCCACCUACUUCUAGAGACGAUAGGAAGAAGGGGAAGGGGGAAAGGAAAGCUCCUCAAACCACUUCUCGGGACAAAGAAAACAAAAGAACUCACAAUGCCUCCUCUCUUACUAAACCUCCUUCCUACUCUCAUCCCCCCUCGACGCCUUUCCUCUCCCUCCCUCCUCCUAUGCCCCCUCAUACUCCCCCACCCCCACCCUUCCUCCUCAUUCUACAGACCCCUCCCCCAUCCCCCCUCCCCCAUCCCAGAACCCCCAUCAUUCUUGGAUUCCUCUGCGUGUCCCUUCGCUCAGAUUCAUCAAAAGACGCCCCAACUCUUCUUGGCAAAACUGAACCAGUUCUCCACAGGUCUCCACAGGUCUCUAAAGAUCUCCACAGAUCUCCAAAGGUCUCCACAGAUUCCUCGCGAAUGUUUUUCAAGAAGAAGAAGAAGAAGAAGAAGAAGAAGAAGAAGAAGAAGGGGCAACGGAGAAGUUGUUUAGCAUAA